AUGGUCGACGACAUACGAUAUUGGCAUGCAACCGAUGGACAAAUAACUGUAUCGACAGAACGUUUUAAGCAUGGCACAUCGAGUUUAAAAUGGGAAUGGUCAUCAUCAUCAGUAUUGACUUAUACCAAUCCUGAAGCUUUUCGUUCGAUAAAAUGGGGUAAUAAUGUAUGUUUUGGUUUUUGGCUUUUCAAUAGUCAACAAUCAAAGGUCGACGAAAAUGAUUCUCAACAGCCACUCUUUGUAGAAUUUUUAACUGCAACAUCGAGUGAACCGAUUGCACAUCUUUGGUAUCAUAUGAAUUUCCAUGGAUGGCGUCCAUUAGGUUUACGUUAUGCUCUUAUAUCUAAAUUUAAAAAUAAUUUAAAUCAAAUACAUGGCAUUCGUUUUUAUCCACCAUCAAAUACUGAUCAUGGUGUUUAUUAUAUAAAUGGUAUCACAUUCGAUUAUAAACAUGCAAUUGGACCGCAAGAUGAUUAUCAACAACCAUGGGCAACAGCUGAAAAUAUAAAACGAUUAAAUGAUGAACCAUCCAAAUGGAUAUUUAAUACAAGUAAUUUCUUUUAUAAUCGACCAUGGUUAGAAGAAGAACAACAAGGACAUCCAUCUGAUGAAGAUGUUAAUACAUUAAAAAAGCGAUGGCUUGAAACUUUACCAUAUGGAACAUGGUCACCAAGUACAAAACCAGAACCAUUUAGUAAAUUGCAAAAAUUAGCUGAAACAUAUGGAAUUAAACCGGAUAUGAUUUCAAAUGUACCAUUAGGUAAAGGUGGAUUUUAUUCACCAACAAAUGCAUUAGAUAUUCAACCAUUCCUAUUGGGUCCAUUAAAAAGAACUGCAACAACAUAUCAAUGUCAUCGACAUAAGCAUACUUUUGAAAGUGAAGAAGGUCAAAAUGUAUGGACAUUAUUACUUCAACUAUGUGAUUAUUUAUUGGAACAAGGAUGGGCUGAAGGAAAUGGAAAUGUUGAAGGAAAUUUAGAUAUUGGGUAUGAAAUACGAAAUUUUCCAAUGUGUCUUACAUAUAUUCGUAAUGAAUUAGAUGGAGUUGACCGUUUACAAUCAAUGCUUACAUCAGCUAUAUGGAUUAUGUAUGGACAUUUACUUACAGAAAAACAAACAUCGACAAUGAAUACAGAUAUUAUUCAUAAUUAUCUUACAAAUGUUUCUCGUCUGAUUGUUUGUUUGUCAGAUCAAAAUGAAAUUAUUCGACGUAUUAUUGCAAUGCGAUAUACUUUGAAUUAUUGUUUUGAAAAUCGUACACAUGAACCACUUGCUUUAGAUGGAACUGUACAUCAUCAUUGGAUGUGUCAUUAUGAAUAUGCUGCUUAUGCAUUACCUGAUAUAGUGAAAUUUGCAUCAUCUAUGAAUGAUACUGAAUUUCGUUUUUCGGAUAAUAUUCGUCGUAUUCUUCGACGUUGUAUUUACACUCUAGAUUUUUGUCUUAUUGAAAAUGAAAAAAUACCACCAAAUCUCAAUGCUCGAGCUGGAGAUUUUGUUACAUGUAAUGGUCUUAAUUUAACUAAAACAUGCGUGUGUAUUUGUAAUCAAGAUCAAGCUUAUGAUCCAUUUUUUGCUGGAUUGCUUGUUACUAUGUGUUCAAAGGAUGAUAAGAAUGUUAUAGCAUAUCUUAAUGAUGGUAUCGAACCAGUUCCACUCGAAGGUCAUUUAACUCUCAAUUCAACAGCUGCUUGUGUUCAUCGACGUCCAAAUUUUUAUGCUAGUAUUGUUGGUAUGGGUAAAAAUCGACGUGGUCUUGAAAUAUAUGAUUCAAAUAAUUAUGGUGAAUAUGUUCGUAAUUGUUCUAUAUUUAUUGUACCAGCUGAUGAACAAGGUGUAAUCGAAUAUUCUAAUGCUGGUGUUGCUUAUCCAGGUUGGCAAUGGUCACAUUGGCCUGGUACAACAUGUUUACUUAAACCACGUUCAGAAUUAUUUGAAGGUUAUUGUAAUUUAACAGCAAAAAAUUGGUUAGCUGGUGGUACAUCAAUAUCAGGUCAAGAUGGAAUGUUUAGUAAUGAUUUCUUUGUUUGGGAUGUUGCUUUUCGUCGUUCCAUUUAUUGUUUUGAUAAUCGUAUUACAGUUUUAACAUCAAACAUAAAAUUAUUACAACAAGCAAAACGACCUGUUAUAACAACAUUAUUUCAAUCAAAUUUUUCCAAUUUAGAAAACUUUGAACAAACGGCCUUUAUAUUAAAUAAUGAAGAAAAAAUAAGUGACUUUCCAUAUGAAAAAAUCUUUGAAAUUAAUGGUUUAGAUUCCAUAACUGAUCAUCGAAAUAUAACAUAUUAUUUACAUCCAAAUGAAAAUUCUAAUCAAUCAUAUCGUAUUACAUUAAAACGUUCUGAACAAGAAAUGAUUUAUUGUAAUCAAUAUUUUUUAAUUGAUCCAAAACAAAAUCCAAUAAUUGAUAUAAAAACAAAACGUUUUCGCGAACCAAAAUAUGAAGAUAAUGAAAAAUAUUUUAAAACUACAAAAGAUAAAUUCGGUCUUGGAUAUAUUGAACAUUUACAUGUUGAUGAUGGUACAGCUUCAUUUGUUUAUACAAUUCUUAUUGGACAUGAACAUUUAAAUGAAUGGGUUGAAGAAUUUUCACAUACAUCAAAAGAUCCUUGGUCGUCGUCUGACUUAAGUGAUUUGCCACCUUCACUUAUUUUAUCAAAAAGUGAUGAUACACAUAUUUUUUAUGAUCGAGCUACUGAUACAACAUGUUAUACAUGUUAUUCAAAAGAUCGUUUGGAAGUUAAUACUGGUCUUGUUCGUUCAUUUGGACAACCAUGUAUGUCAAUGGUACGUGGUCGUGGACCAGGUGCAAUUACAGUUAGCAUAGCAACAACUGAUUUUCCGCUCAAUACACCAAUGUGGAUGGUGCUCAAAGGCAAAUGGGUUGAUGCUGAAUUAAUGUGUGAUGAUGAAAAUGGUUCUGUUCAUGUAAGAACAGAAUUGAUCGAUGAUGAUGAUACAAAGGUUACUGUUUGGCAACGAAUCUAUAUGCCUGUUGAAUUUCAUAUUACUCAAUCAUAUGAUUAG